AUGGCCGCGCACGGUGGAGGGGGUUUGGGAUCUCGUCGUAACUCCUACCGAGCCAUGUAUAACCAAGUUUGGCUCGACACCGGCAAGAAUGACGGCCACCCGGUUGACGCGAUACUGGGCCCCGUGGGCCCCGGCUGCGCACCGCCGCAUGACCAGGCCAAGUACUGGAGCUAUACGUCCCAAUGGAACUUGUUAGAAUAUCCGGCCAUCUCAUUUCCAGUUAGCCAUGUCGACCAGAAUCUGGAUCUUGCAGACGAAUCUAAUAUUCCGAGUAAUCCCGAUGAUGCGUUUAACCAUGGGCUUUACACUGGCCCUGAGAGGUACAGAGACGCACCCAUUUCGCUACAGCUGGUCACUCGGCGGUACCAGGACGAGAAAUGCGUGGAGAUCCUGCGAAAGGUCGAAAUAGCUAUGGGGAAAAGUCAUUAA